CUUAAUGAAAUAGAUAAUUUUAUGGAUGCUAAUUAUAUUGAUGUUUAUGAGGCUGAUAAUUUAAAUUUUAAUAAUUCUGCCUUAAUGUUUUCUACACCAAUUACUAAUGAAACUAGUCAGACUACUAGCAUAACUGUAAGCGAAUCUACAAGCCAAAUUAUCAGCGAAACUAUAAACAAAAAUAUCGAUAGAGCUACUAAUAGAAGUGCUGAUAAAACUACCAACCAAACUACUAAUGAAAGAAGUGGUGAUAGUGAAAGACUUGUAAUUAGGGAGGCUAGUGUCUGGGAAGAGAUUGUUGGGGCUAAAUUUUAA